AGAAUUUUCGGUUCUGCUCCAAUUGUGAAAUAACAGAACUCUCUUUUGUUUUACUGUAAUAUUUUUCUGCAAAUUGCAGAAGCCAUAUCUACUCUUGAUUCUCAGCGCGAACUUCUAAAAUUUUCAGAAAGUUCAAGCUUUUUCAAGGAAGAAACCGAAAAAUGGCUCAAGCUCUGGAGUUUUAUAAUGGGCAAAUUGAAGCUCUAAUGCGUGCAAUGUCUGUAGCAAAAAUCAUUCGAGAAGAUAAGAAUCCUUGUUUGAUUGAAGAGGGUCUCUUUUUAGGGUCCCUUGGAGCUGCCAACAAUAAAGUUGCACUCAAAAGCUUGAAUCUAACUCAUAUUUUGAUGAUUGCUAGAGAUAUAAAUCCUCCUUAUGCAAAUGAGUUUGUCUACAAAGUCCUUUCUGUUCAUGACAGAGUUGAUGUAAAUAUUUCACAUUACUUUGAGGAAUGCUUCGACUUCAUUGAAGAAGCAAAAGGACAGGGUGGUGGUGUGCUGGUCCAUUGCUUUGCUGGAAAAUCCAGAAGUGCAACCAUAGUCAUCGCUUAUCUGAUGAAAAAGCAUGGUAUGAGUCACUCUGAAGCUUUUGAGCUUGUCAAGAGUAAAAGACCAGUCGUUUCUCCCAAUGCUGGUUUUAUGACACAGCUGGAAAACUAUGAUAAAACCCUUAAAGUGGAACUUGCUCCAUCAUUGUGCCCGGCAUCGCCCAAUGCAGUCCUAACCAUCUCAAAAUCUCACACCACAAGCAAGUCACCACCAAAUAAAGUAAGAGGAGGAGGUCUACAUCUUCACUUGAACAUUUGCCCAUGAAGCACCACUGCACAUAUGUAGUCCGCUUUCCUUUUUUUUCAAGGUCUCAGCUGUCAAUAUUGCUCCCUCUCUGCUGUCAAGUAAAAAACCACACCUUUCUUGGUAUCCAAGGAAAUCAAACCAGCAAGUAUGGAAUCAUAUCCAUCCCUCACCAAGAGCUUUGGAUGAUAUGACUUUACUGAAAGCGACCCAUCUCUUCUAAUCUUCCAUGCCCAGUAAGUUGAUCUUUCUGAGUAGCUUGUAUGCAACUCACAUAUCUUGCUUCAUUGCGCAACCCUUUAAAGGGUUCACUGAGAUGGAUAGUUGCUUCAGCCGGUACAAAGCAUUGCGGAAGCUUAAGCUAAGCACAUAAUACUCCACAGAGUAAAGAUCAACGACCAAGAAACAGAGUAGCUGAAGCUAGCUAUCAAAUUGGCAACCUUGCAGAAACUUAUCAAAAGUCCCUAUAGUUGGAAUCUGUGUUACAUGGACCUUUCAUUUGCCUUGAGAUAACUAAGCCAAAACAAUGUGACAAGGGUGGGGUAUUUCAUAUGUAUUCUUCAGAAAUACUUUAAACAUCAAAUAACUGCACAUGAACAAGGUACUUACACAUUUCCGCAUCGGAUAAGGACCAUAAUUGAGUCCAUCUAACAUCAGGUAAGGACCAUAGUUGUGCAUAACUAAAUCAGCUUUU